CAUUUGUUCUUGAUGAUUUUUGUACCAAAUGUCGAUUCGUCUGCUCUUAUCGAUCCUUUAUGAACUAAACUUGAUCUAAUCGGAAGUAUCUGCUGAUUGAUUUGUGGUUGAUGUUUUGUAGACCUAGUUUUUGAAAUGAUCGCAUUUUGUUUUUGAUUCUGUUUCCGUUCCUUCCAAUACAAUGCUGAUUCGGUUUGGUUCGAAAACCAACUCUUUGGCACUAUUUGUAUCAGUCGAUAAUGGAUACCUUCCUCUUCACUUCUGAGUCUGUCAAUGAGGGCCAUCCCGACAAGAUCUGCGACCAAGUUUCCGAUGCUAUUCUUGAUGCGUGUCUUGAACAAGAUCCCGAGAGCAAGGUUGCUUGUGAGACCUGCACCAAAACCAACAUGGUCAUGGUGUUUGGUGAAAUCACAACCAAGGCCAACGUCAACUAUGAGAAAAUAGUUAGAGAUACUUGCAGGGGAAUCGGAUUCGUCUCGGCCGAUGUCGGUCUCGAUGCUGACAACUGCAAGGUACUUGUGAAUAUUGAACAACAGAGCCCUGACAUAGCACAAGGUGUCCAUGGACACUUGACCAAGAAACCUGAGGAAAUUGGAGCUGGUGAUCAAGGCCACAUGUUUGGUUAUGCUACAGAUGAAACCCAAGAGCUCAUGCCACUCACUCAUGUCCUUGCUACUAAACUUGGUGCCAAGCUUACUGAGGUCAGGAAGAACCAAACCUGCCCAUGGCUUCGACCUGACGGUAAGACUCAAGUGACUGUCGAGUACAAGAAUGACAAUGGAGCCAUGGUCCCCGUUAGGGUCCAUACUGUUCUGAUAUCAACCCAACAUGAUGAAACUGUAUCAAACGAAAAGAUUGCCACUGAUCUGAAAGAGCAUGUCAUAAAACCAGUGAUACCUGCUAAGUAUCUCGAUGACAAGACUAUCUUCCAUCUCAACCCAUCUGGUCGUUUUGUCAUUGGAGGACCUCAUGGUGAUGCAGGGCUAACAGGAAGGAAGAUCAUCAUUGAUACCUAUGGAGGGUGGGGUGCUCAUGGUGGUGGUGCAUUCUCAGGGAAGGAUCCAACCAAGGUAGAUAGAAGUGGUGCCUAUAUUGUUAGGCAAGCAGCAAAGAGUGUCGUGGCUUCGGGACUUGCUCGUCGCUGUAUUGUGCAGGUUUCUUAUGCAAUAGGAGUAGCAGAACCUCUGUCAGUGUUUGUAGACACCUACAAAACAGGAAAGAUCCCUGAUAAAGAUAUCUUAGUCCUCAUUAAGGAGAAUUUUGACUUUAGGCCUGGAAUGAUUGCAAUCAAUCUUGACUUGAAGAGAGGAGGAAAGUUUAGGUACCAGAAGACGGCUGCUUAUGGUCAUUUUGGCCGUGAGGACACAGAUUUCACUUGGGAAACUGUAAAGCUCCUCAAACCAAAAGCCUAAUUAGCUCAACUUGAUGUCUGCAAGUGAUCGUCACAACCAUUAAUGUGCUUGCAGGAAAAAUAAAGAAGCUUUUUUCCUUUUUUUUUCUUCUUGUGUUUCUGUAAACUCAGUGAGAAGCGUGGCUGAGUUCCACCAGCUCUCCGAUUAGCUGAGGCAGCCCUGUCCUGAGUUUGUACAACUUGAAUUCCUCUAUGUUGUUCUCUAUUAAUUUCAUUUGGCAUUUUGAUUUAGAAUUAUACCCUUA